AUGAUCCCAGGCCACGCAUCCAAUGGAUCAUGUUGUUUGCUGGACUACCGAAUGAAGAGUCGCACAUUUGGCUGGAGUCACUUUUCACAAGGGAUGGGUCAUGCGUGCGCAUCGAUUCAGUCAAUGGCCCAGCUAGGGAGUGCGACGUCGCACCAUCGUUCUCUUGCCAAGCUCACCGUACUAUUUGACUUUUUAUGCCAGUGCAAGAAACAGUCGAAGUACUCUGUAACUCCUGGGAACGCAAUCGCCCCACCCAUGAAUGGGCGAAAAAGCAUGGGCGCCGUCGCAACUCUUGAGACCCCGGCCAGUUGGGCUUCGGUGCAGAUGCGAGUGGCUCAAAACAGCAGCCGGGUUGAGAGUGUGGAAAUGCUAUUGGCCAUGGCGCGUACUAGAGAUGCUGCCGGAGAGAUCCUCUGUGACACUUCGAAGUGUUUUUCCUCGAUCGGAGCAAGGGCGAAUGAAGAGAAUCUACGAGAAUUCAAACUCUUCGAAUAUUUAGUGUCGUCCCACUCGUUGAUUUUCGUCCUGGAAACCGUGCGUGUAGAAGCGGCUGGGGCAUUGAGGCUCGAAUUUGGAGCCACCAUGGAGGCCUGUUAUUCGACUCCCGUACACGUCUUUAUGUAUGAGGCCGAGAAUCGCAAGAAGCGACAAGGGUAUUGUGCAGAGUGCCCAUUGCAGAAUCCCUGCGUAAUGCUUUGA